UGAUCCCCUUGCCCCGUCGUAUUUCUGAAGCGCGAAGCUGUGGUGAAGGCUGGUGGCGAGCGGGGGGAUGCCGGCCAAAAUGCAGCUGCUUAUCAGAUGUAACGGGAGGAUUUUCCUGGCUAUUUGUUUAAUCCUCUUUGUGGGAUACACAGCACAAGGUGCUCCGCUGCAGAAGGCACGGUACAAGAGGGUGAGAUGCCGCCCCGACGCCUGGUCUGCUAACUGCAUCGAGGAGGAGGGCCCCUGGUUCUACGUGCCCACCGGUGGAGCCAACAGGAUCCUUCCUCCCAUGGCAGACAUGUCCCUGAUGGCGCGAUACCAGGACCUGCAGGACACGUUCCCUUUGUCGGGGCCGGAGUCCGGCUCUGGGUCCGAUGACAUGAGGGAACGGGAGCCAGCCUCUGGGUCGGGGCUCGGGGACGGUGACAGUGUCUCCACGAGGAAGCUGCCGGUGUUCCCAGCGGGCCCGCGAGGCAGCGAGCUGCAGCAGAAGCUGACGGAGGAGGAUUUGCUGCUGUAGGGUUGGAGGCAUCGGCCCCCCGUGCCGCCCCCCCGCGCCCCUGCCCCGCUGCCUCACCCGGCGCAACGGCCACGGAGCGGUUUUACAGCAGCUCCAAAUCAAUAAAAAACUUUGCCUUGA